AUGGCGUCCACGGUCGAUACCUCGCCCCUUGAUCCAGGUGGAGGAGAAACUCUCGAGCACUUCCACUGUUUCCCUGACCUGCCUCCUGAGAUUCGUAUUGAAAUCUGGCAAAAGGCGUACAGGGCACUCCACUACAGCCCAGUCUACCGGUUUCGUUUGAAGUUCUCGCAGGCCCAGGACACUGGAGAAGAAGAGAAGCCCAAAGCCUUUCUCGUGCCACUGGAAGAGGUCGGAUACCUCACCAGGGAGCUUCGCAGUCUGCGAAGGGUGAACUCAGAAGCCCUAUUGGAGGGCGACCGCUUCUUCGGCCGCUCCAUCUAUAGUGGCUGUGGCUACUUACGUUUCAAUCAGACCGACAAAGGCGACACCACCGAUAUCUGUUCUCCCAUCAACCUGCCAUGGAGAGGCAUGUGCGACUUGUUUUGCUUUGUUGACUUGACUGAAUCUGAUGUGCUGCGUUUAAAAGAGGCGGACACGUCCUUGAUCGACCAUGUUUUCAGCCAAGUUGAAGCAGUUGGACUCGGUCUUGACAGGACUCUUGAAGCCGGAGACCAAUUUUUCGAGCCUUUCGCAGAUUUUCUUUCACUGUUCCGUCAAUUACAGCAUGCAAGCCUUGUGAGUGACCUGCUCAUGUCCGAGGCUGAUCUCGACAACAUCUGCGACGACAUCCGAUCCGACUAUCUAUUGUCAUCCUGGUCUGGCUGGGAUGGAAUGGUUCCCGAGGGGGUCUUCGGCUCUGAUUGUGAGGAUGCCAACAUCGUCACCAAGGAUCAGCAUCUGGAGGUACUAGCCGACUUCACUGAUGCUAUGUACGACUGGGGUGAAACCUUCCCAAAGAGCGCAAGUGCUCUCUUGAGGACAUCAUACGGAAUGAUGUUCAGAACAAAAGAGUGCUUGGACUUCCUGCUAUGGAGUGACGAUGUGUUGGAUGACAUUACCGAAGAACAGGGAUUGCUCGAUGAGUUUUUCAGUGAUGAUGCCUCUGGCGAGCUGUUCAGUGAGGACUUUGAAGAGCCCAGCGAGGAGGAUGAGGGUGUCUGA